AUGCUGAACAAAGCGCUUCGAGUUCAGGACAUCGACAUUCUCUUCGCACUUCGUUUUCUAGUCACCGAUAUUCACAGCCAGCUCAUAAAAGAACCGUCCAACACAAACAUCAGUCGAUUAUACCGAGGUCAAGUGAUAUCGAAAGAUGAACUUGAUCAUAUUCGUUCAAGUAUUGGCGAAUUCAUCUCGAUAAAUUCCUUUCUGUCCACAACUCGUAGUCAGAAGAAGGCACUUGAAUUUACCCAGAGUGCUCUGCGCGAAGAUCUUGAAUGUGUUCUCUUCAAAAUUAAAGUUGACAGUCGAAUAAAAGCAAAACCAUUUGCCGAUAUUUCUCGAUUUAGUUAUUUCCCUGAUGAGGAAGAAAUCCUGCUUAUGCUUGGUUCGAUCUUUCGACUUGAAAGUGUUCACUAUGAAAAAGAACAGCAAAUCUGGGUGGCUGAUUUAGAUUUAUGCAACGAAGAUGACCAUGAAUUGAAACAAGUGUUUGAUCAUAUGAAGAAGGAGAUGGCAAGUAAAACUACUUUCAUAUCACUUGGAAAUUUGUUAUCAAAGAUGGGUGAAUUGGACAAGGCCGAAAAAUAUUAUAAACGAUUGUUAAAUGGGCUGGCAGUGGAUGAUCCUUGUAUUGCUGAGUGUUACCUAGGAUUGGGCAUCGUUGCUGGACAGAAAGGUGAAAAUGAUUUAGCUUUGAUGAAUUAUGAAAAAGCAUUGAAUAUCCAAUUAAAAGCUCUUCCGCUCGAUCACCCUGAUAUCGCCUCAGUAUAUAACAAUACCAGUAUUGUACACCAGAACAAAGGUGAAUAUGAUUUAGCUUUGAUGAAUUAUGAAAAAGCAUUGAAAAUCAGAGUAAAAGCUCUUCCACCCGAUCACCCUGAUAUCGCCUCAACAUAUAAUAAUAUCGGUGCUGUACAGUGGUACAAAGGUGAAUAUGAUUUAGCCUUGAUGAAUUAUAAAAAAGCAUUGAAAAUCUUCUUAAAAGUUCUUCCACUCGAUCACCCUGAUAUCGCCUCAACAUACAACAAUAUUGGUAAUGUACAGGAUGACAAAGGUGAAUAUGAUUUAGCCUUGAUGAACUAUGAAAAAGCAUUGAAAAUCAGAGUAAAAGCUCUUCCACCCGAUCACCCUCAUAUCGCCUUGACAUACCGUAAUAUGGGACUCGCGCAUGAAGCAACUCGUACUUGGCAAUCAGCAUUAGAAUACCAUAACAAAGCAGCAGCAAUAAGACGAAAAUCACUUCCGACAACGCAUCCACAGCUGGUAACCACUGAAAACGACAUUCACAGAGUGAAAGCCCAGUUAAACUAG